AAAGACUAUUCAUCAUUAAUGAGUACAUUAUCCACCAUUUGUCAGAAACACAUCAAACACAUUGAAGGUACUUUAUCAAUUCAAUACUUAGCAUUCUGUUCUGAUGAUUGUUCUUUGUUAUGUAUUAAUUGCAUUCUAUAUGAUGGUCACAAAGGUCAUUAAUUUCAAUCUCUAGAUGAUGUAUUAUUAUUCUCUAUUUAGAGUUUACGAAUGGAAUUAAAUAGAUUUUACUCUAUUUCUGAAAAUGUCCAACAAAAUCAUUAGAAAGCCAUUAAACAAUUUUAAUAGUUAGCAUAGAUGAAUGAUCAACUUGAUAUAGAGUAUUAGAGACUCAAUAUUGAAAUUACUAAAUUUUUCAAUUCUAUUCGGCAAUCCAUUUAAGAACGAGAAUCUAAACUUUAAGAACAAGUAAUUUAUUUUUAAGAUUUAGUUAAAUUAAUCACUCAUCAAUUAAAAAUAACAGAUAUCUUAAAGCUAAUAAAAGCUACAAGUUUAAUUAUAAGAUAUUACUGAUUACUUAUAAGAACUUUCAGAAUUAGAUGAAAAAUCUUAAGAUCCAAUUAAAUUUUUAUAAACAACACAAAAUAGAACAAAACUAAUCAAUAAAUUACCAAAAUCAAUAUUUACAAUAGAUUAAUCUAUAAAAUUUCCUGAAAUUAAUAAAGAUCAAGAAAAUCAAAAUAUUAUAAAAAUUUUAUCUAAAAAAACUAAUUCAUAAUAAGUUAUACCUGCUCCUCCUACUUAGUAGACAGCAUCAACUUAAUAAAAAAUAGUUUAAUCUAUAAAAAAACAUAGCAACACUUAACCAUAGUAAUCAUAUAAUGCUUAAUAUCAAUAAUAAUAGAAUUAAAUGCUUUAGUUGUAAUCUCAAUAAUAAUAGCAUAAAAAAAUGAAUUAAUCAAAAAAGGUACCUUUAUGUGAAACAAAUGGACCUUGUGCUGUUUAAAUUAAUCUUAAAAAGAAAGUUGAAGAAAAAUAAAUAAAUUAAGUGAGAUUGACAAAUUUUUAAGAAGCUAGAAAUAUGAUGAAAGAAAGAAAUUAUGAUAAAAGUAUAGAAAGAAGAAAAGAUAGAGAUCAUAGUACACCUAGAAGAUUAUUUAAAAAUUAAUCAAAAGUAAGUUAAGAUCCAUCAUCUCCAUUUAUACAUUAGGAAGAUUCAAAAUAAGAUUUUAAUACAUUUUUAAAUUCAAUACAUGAUUUUGAACCUGAAUUAACAAAUGUUAGUCAUAUGUCAAUGGAUUAUUAAUAUAUAACAAUAGGUGGUUUUGUUGAUAGUUUAAAAUAAAUAGUAGAGAAAUAUGAUAUAAAAACAGAUUAUGCAAGUGAAAAGGAUUAAUUAAAAAAUAAUAGAUGUAAAUUUGGUAUAGCACAUUUAAUAAAUGGAAAUGUAUUAUUGAUGGGUGGUAAAGUAGAUGGUGUUCGUAAUGAUACAUGUGAAGAGUAUAAUUAUAAGGAUAAGAAAGUGAUAGGAUCAAAAAUAAAAUUGCCAUCUUCAAGAAGUGGAUUUGGAACAUUGAAUGUAAAUUAAUUUAUUUAUAUAAUUGGUGGGAAUGAUGGUUAAGGUAUUUAAAUAAAUAAAAUAUUUUAGAGAAUUUAAAAGAUUUCGAUUGUUUUAAUUAGAUAGAUAAUAAUUGGAUAAAGUUUCCAACAAUGAUUGAAGCAAGAGAUGAAUUGGCUGUUUGUAUGUAUGAAAAUGCGAUAUUUGCAAUAGGUGGAUUCGGAGGAUAAUGUAUUAAAAUAUAUAUAAUAAUUAAUUAUAGUUAACACCUGUCUUAAGACUGUUGAAGUAUUUACUUCAGGUAAAUGGGGUCAUUGUGCACCAUUAAAUAUACCAAGAAGAGCAUUAGCAGGAGUGUCAUUACCUGAUGGAAUAUAUGCUAUAGGAGGAUUUGAUGGAACUUAAUAUUUAAAUAGUGUUGAAAAGUAUGAAGAUGGUAGAUGGACUUUAAUUGAAUCUAUGAUUCAUCCUAGAUGUACACUCUCUGCUUUAUCUACUCCAGAUAAUUAAUAUAUUUAUGUCUUUGGAGGAUUUGAUAAUGGUCCACUUGAUUCAGUUGAAAAGUAUCAUUAAUUUUAUUAUAUUUCAAGAUAUUCAGUUUUAAGUGGAAAUUGGGAAUAAAUUAAUUCAUUGUUGGCUAAAAGGUUUAUGCAUUAAACCUUUAUUACACUAGCAUGA